CCUCCAUUGCACUUAGACAAAAACACCUCACACAAACACACCCCAAUCUCACGCCCAUCAUGGCGAAAGAAAAAAACUACAACCCCGUGCAGGCCGAGAAGAAGGCUGAAAAGCAAAAGCAAAUCCGCAAGCAAAAAGCCACCCUCCAAACGCAGCGCAACGAAAAGCUCGCGCGCCGAAACCCCGUGCGCAUUCAACGAGAUAUCGACUCCCUCAAAGAACUCGAUGAGGGCGGGCAAAUUCGUCCCCAUGAGCGGCAACGGCUCGCAGAACUGGAGAAAGACCUUGUAGCGGUGAACAAGGCGCGAGUAGCGCUGGGCGACAAGGCACCGCAGUUCAAGCCUGAGCGAGUAUUCCACGACGAUGUUGGACGGGGUGACAGAGGUGAUAGGGGUGGGAGAGGGGGGAGAGGUGGUGUAUUGGGCAAGAGGGGGAGGGACGGUCAGAGAAAGGAGGACGAUAGUAGCGAUUCGGAUGCGGACGUAAAGCACAUCCCCAUGCCACGCGAUACGCCACCACCGAUACCAAGACGAUACCAGCAGCAUGCGCAAGAUGACGAGGCACCGACUGAGCCGAAGAAGCCAACGAUUGUCUACGAAGCUGCGCCGCAAGUUCGCGAUCUACGCAAAGAGGCUACGAAGUUCAUGCCUACGGCAGUCGCGAACAAGUUGAAGCUCGCGAAGGGUGAGGGGAGAUUGUUGGAGCCGGAAGAGUUCGAUAAGCUGCAAGAGGAAGGAUAUAUGGAUAAGAGCACGGCGGAUGCAGAGACAGCAAACGAGCCUACAGCGGAAGCUCAACCAGAAACGAACGACGAGCUUGAUGAGUUCAUGAGAACACAGCGCGCUUCGGCUAGUGACGCUGCUGAAAAGGCAGUCGAAGCAGCAGUGCAAGAGGCAGAAUACGAUAUGAUGGCGGCGGAGGUACGAGGGGAGAUUCAGGGAUCGAGAUCACAAGGAUCAGUGGCGGAGAACAAGCUGAGACACGUUGAGAUUGAGGAGGUAGAAGAUGAAGAUAUUUGAAGGGUGUUCAAACCAGCCGGCUGCAUCCACAACGUGUGCGAACCGCGAAGCAAGAGGGUCUGGAUCACGACGUAAUAUCAUACUGAGACAUGUCAGAACAUCAUAGCC